AUGGCUACUAACAACACAACUUUACCAUAUAAAUGGCCAGCUCAUGUGUUCACAGUAGAAGCUAGUAUUAUCAUUACCAUCAAUGGUGUACUAGUCGUCUUUAUAGUAAGCCGAAAAGUACUACGAAGUAAUCCCAGUACAAUCUUUUUUCUUAAUUUAUUGAUAUCUCAUGUUGCUGAGGGCAUCGCAGCUAUGUGGUUUGAACACAACCUGACUAGAGAGAAUUUCGUAGCUCAAGGAAGAAGUGAAAAUGCACUAAUCAAAGUUUUUACAGCUAGCCUGUUAUUAGGUUGUCUCAGCUAUAUUCCAUACACUGCAGAUAGACUUGUAGCAAUACGAUGGCCGCUGUUUUAUCAAACCCUGACAAAGAAAAAAGUAAUUUUAAUUUGUAUUCAACCUUGGUUGUUUUCGCUUUUCUUUCUUCUGACUUUACAACUUUUCCAUUUUCCAAAAGAAACAGGAGAUGUUGUUGCAAUAAUCUUAGUAUCAAUAAUGUCUCUAGUGUUGAUAAUAUCAAAUACAAUAAUCUACCGAGUUGUGUUAAAACAUGUGAAAGAAAUCAAAAAGACAACUGUGGGUGUCGAAAAUAUCGAUAAAACAGAUAGAGAGAAAAUAAAGUCGCGACAUGAAAAGAUAGAGAAAAGACGUAUGCGUUCUGUAUAUAUAUGCUCUGGUAUUGUUGUUUCCUAUAUUGUUUGCUGGGCGCCCCAUAUGAUUCACGAUAUUAUCAAAAUGACAAACAUAGACUCAACCAUAGUGGGUGCAAGAAGUCAUUGGCCAAAGAUAACUCUGGUCGUUGCUUUCUUGAAUCCGAUCAUUGAUCCGUUGAUUUGGAUUUCGUUGAAUCGAAGAAUCAAAAAAGAAAUAAAAAGCUGUUUUUAUAACAGUACAUUUGUGUCGUAA